AUGGCCCAAAACAAUCUUCUCUCUAUUCUUGUUCUCCUUUCGCUUGCUCUCUUCCUGGAAAUUCAGGGAAGGCGUUUGAUUUUGGAGCAGAAUCAGAAGGUGAGAACAUUUAAUAGAAUCCUAGCAAAGGAAAGUAGGAGUAUUGUUGAUCCCAAAAUUUAUGGUGUUAACAAAACCAAGUCUCCACCUUCACCACCAACUGCGGUAAUUGGAGCCUCGUCGCCGAAAAACGACCAAGAUUUCAGGCGCACAUCUCCUGGACACAGUCCUGGUAUCGGCCAUUCCAUUCAAAACUAG